AUGGAUGUGCAAUCAGGUACAAAAAAUUUUAAAAUGAGUCGAGAAUUAGCGAUACUCACUGAUCGCAUACUGCAUCGAUUACUUACUGAUCAGAUGCUCGACGGCUUCACUGACAGUCAAAUUCUACAGGUUGUUGAUGCGACUUACGAAAUACUGCGUCCGUUGGGUGCACUCAUCGAAAUGCGUGCACCAUUAACGAUAUUCGGUGAUGUACACGGACAAUUUGGUGACCUACACAGAUUACUGUCAAUCGUUGGUACUCCGCCGAAAACAAGACUUUUAUUUCUUGGCGAUUAUGUGGACCGAUGCAAAAAAGGACUUGAGUUAUGUACACACUCAAGUGCAUAUUUAGAUGCUUCAUUCAAAUGCUUUACACGUGUACCUAUUGAAAGCUACACAAUGAGAAUAUUUCCCGAUAAAAUUGGUCUUCUGCGUGGUAAUCACGAGUGCACAAAAAUGAAUCGAACCUAUGGUUUCUACGAGGAAUGUAAACGACUCAGAUCGACAAGUGUUUGGAAGGCAUUCCAGCGAGUCUUCAAUGAACUACCGCUUUGUGCGAAGGUAAAUGGUCGCAUUCUUUGCAUGCACGGUGGCAUCAGUCCAUUGAUAAGCAGCUGGAGUUCCCUAUCCACUCUUCAGAAACCGAGAACACCAGAAGAAUGCGAUCAAGGCCUUGCUCUGGACUUAAUGUGGUCGGAUCCGGAUAGCGACCCUUGCUCUAAAGGAUGGGUUCCGAAUAAGGUACGGAAUGCGUCGUGGAUGUUUGGCCAAGACACGAUAAAAGAAUGCAUUAAAAAUUUGGAUAUUGACCUGAUUGUGAGAGCACAUGAAGUGGUCAAGGACGGUCAUCUAAUGGAUUGUGGAAAUCGAAUUUGUACGAUAUUUUCGGCACCUAACUACUGUGGUACUGAUGGGAACUGCGGCUCGGUAAUGCAAAUCACCGCAGAGCUGAAAAUUUCAUUUGUUACCCUGAAACCAAAACUCGACGUGCAGAAUUUGAGUGCUGAAAAACUGGCGGAACUUGAAAAACAAAACAAGAAAAACGAAGUAAAGAGUCCAAAUCCUGGUACAAAUCUCUUACCUCCAGCGACAAUUCCAGUAAAGAAUGCAGCGAGUGGAUAA